UUGAUCAUUUCUUUCAUCUCAUAUAGUUUGUCAAUAUAUUUUGUCUAUGAUUCGAGUGUUUUUCAUCAUCGAUAAUGGCAAGAUUACUGAAUGAAAAUAUUGAUAUUGAAUUAUUUCAAGAUGAUUUCAAAUACAUUGAUCAAGAAUUUUUCCCAUCAGUUGUUUCGAUUUUCAGUUUUAUCUUCAUUUGCCACAAAGAAUAUUUAUUGAUCACCGAAGAAGCGACAUUUGCAUAUGGCGAAGGAAUAUGCUCAUGGUUAUCGUUGAAACAUGAUAUGGCCAAACCACAACGGAUAUCUUGUCUUGAUGAUAUGAAAAUUGUUCAAGUAGAUUCUGGCUGGAAUUUUGUUGCCAUUAUAACUGAUGAUGGAAAAGUAUUCAUAGCCAGCGAUUUUUAUUCUAAAUGGAAAACGAACAAAACAUUACAAUUGAUUUCCAACGAUAAUGAUCAGUUCAAGAUGAUUGCUUGUGGAGAUUCACAUUUAUUAUUGCUACGACAAGAUGGUCAUGUUUUCGCAAUGGGCAGUAAUUGUUAUGGUCAAAUAACUGGUAAUAAAACAUCAUCAUAUGAAAGUAUGAUCCACAUUGAUAACCUAGAAAAUGUCGAGCUCAUAGCUUGUGGAGCGUUUCAUAGUUUAUCAACAACUAAUAAUGGAGAAAUUUAUUCCUGGGGCCUUAAUCAUUGGGGUCAAUUAGGUUAUGGUGAUGAAAACAAACGAAACACUCCAUGUCUUGUUCCAUUUCCAAAUAGUGAUUCAAGCUGCAUCAAAGAUAUUGUGGCUGGCAUGUAUCAUUCAUUAUUUUUAUUCGAAAAUGGUCAGCUUUGGGGAUGUGGUUCUAAUUAUCAUGGUGAACUCGGUCUUGGUGAUAAUAUUGGACGAUCAACACCGACAAAAAUACCAAUUGAAAAUGUACAACAAAUUGCAUGUUCCAAAUUCGGCAGGUUUUCAUUUGCACAUGAUGGAUCAUUGUAUUAUGCAUGGGGCAAAACCAAACAUGGCCCUAAUUGGUCGUCACCUAGAAAAUUGGAUGAUUCACAUUCAUCAUUUGCUUCUGUAUCAGUUCAGGUAUUGGAUUCACCAAUCACCUUUGGCAUCACAUCAACAAUCUAUAAAUUCGGUUCACAUGAUUCAAUAUCUUACAAAUCAACAUUCCAAUUAUUUGAUAAUCAAGAUAAUUAUGAUGUGGAAUUUAUAAUUGACAAAAAAAAUAUUAAGGCAUGCAAAUAUUAUCUAAAAUCUGUAUCGGAAUAUUAUCGUCGAAUGUUUUCCGGUAAUUGGAGUGAAAAUAAUCAAGUGAUCAUCAACGAUUAUUCAUAUGAAACAUACUAUGCCUAUUUACAUAUGUUACAUACGGGUAAAAUUCAUAUUACCCGUCAAAAUAUAACCGAGCUUGUUGAUUUAUCCAACUGUUAUGGCGAUGAAAAAUUGAUGGGAUAUUGUAAAACAUUCAUACGGAGUGAUCUAAAUAAGCAUACGAUAAGCAUAUAUCAUCCAUUAAUUCGAAAAUAUGAAAUGAAUGAAUUACACGAUAAACUCAUUCAUCUUGACCAAAAUCACCGACAAUCUUCAACAAAACGAUCAAAAUUUUUCAAAAUCUUUUUUGUCUAGUUUCACCAUCUACAAUCAAUCAU